AUGCGGGUCAGAUUCCGAACAGGGAGGUCGACUGGAGGGAGAAACACAGGCUCAACCGACCUCGAGAUGCAGUCCGCGAACAAAGCUUACAAGGAUGCCCGAUACACGUCGCAUCAACUGAAGGCGCUUCAGGGUCUAUUUGGAAUGUCGAAAGCUCGACUGGAAAACUGGCCGGGAGCCCGGGCCUACUGCUUGUACUUGGAGAAACGCUUCAAGCCCUUACUGACACCUGGAUAUGCAUGUAUAUGGGAGUCUGCCGGCCUACCAACUCCAAAGUCAGCCGAGCAAUGCUGGGUAUGGUUCAGUGCUGUCGCAUCCGCCUUGCAUGAAACGAAAGACGAAGAUAGCAGUAUCGCAGAUAUCUGGAAGUGCAUAGAGACCCGUGCUACAAGAGACCCUAAGCCUGAGAUCAAGGACAUGAGCCCAUGUCAUACCGCGAUUUACUCAGUGCUGUGCUGGUCAAGCAUGCUUCUGCAGCCUGAUCUGAGAUUGCCAGAUAGCAAAUCUCCCCCCGUCGCAUGUACUYCGCGGCAACUGCAGUCCACCGAAUAUGCCCUUAGGAAAGACUUUGUUAGGAGACCGACGCCGGUCAUCUUCCGUAAUUUCCAGAGGAUCAUGCCUGGGACACGUUGGCGGCAUCCCAUCAAGGAAGAAAGGGAUUCAGAGUCUAUCGUUCUACAUGUGCCAAGCUUGAACUUUGAGUGUCUACAGACUAUUGGCAAGAUUCGAUUGAUCUGGGUUGACAAUCUUACAAGUCAUCUCGAUUUUGAUGCCUCAAACCGCCAACUGUCUUUGUUCAGAUUUCCAAGUUUCUGUGCUUUGAAUACMCAGAGAGAUGGAGAUGUACCCCCCGUACUUUCUGGUAUCGUUCACGCUCUCUAUAGCAUCGAGACGAAAGGAAACAUUACACAGGUUCAUCAGGAGAUACUGAUGUCUUAUCGAUUAUUGUUCGGCCAGACGCGACGGUCGAGACAACAAGCUGCUAAAGAGCUCAAAGCUCUGAAGCAGWGUGGAGAGGACUACGACACAUUACUCGAAAUGGUUUGUACUCAACGGAAUGAUAGAAAGCUGCAGAGCCUCCCUGGUAGUAUGUGGCCGGUCACUUGCCGAAGCUUUGACGGUACCUUGCAAGAGGAGAGCGCAUACAGCUCCCAGGAUGACUUUCCAUUGUUUGGUCAACGACUUGCAAAGCUUCAGGAGUUUAGCCUCAGGCAACAACCCAGCAAGCUGCGAGAUUUGUGGCGAGAUCGCAGGAACCCUUUGCAGUGGUACACGUUCUGGGCAGUGUUGGUCGUGGGUGGUCUAUCGAUUACCCUCGGUUUCCUGCAGCUGAUGGUGGGUAUCGCUCAGCUGUUCGCGCAGAUCUACGCUAGUUGA